AUGUUCGCUAUGUUAGCGGCCUUCGUUCUCCUAGGGGUUGCCGCUGCAAGCCCUCUCGCAGCGACGACUUUUCGCAUCGGCCCAGCUUCUCCGCAAACGACGCUCAGCCUGCGCCUUGCACUUGCCCAGAGCAACCCCGAUGGCGUUAUCGACGCACUCUACCGUGUCAGUGAUCCCGACAGUACGUCGUACGGGCAGUACUUGUCCAAGGAGGAGGUUGAGAGCUUCGUUGCCCCCGCAUCUGACACGGUUGCGGCUGUCAACUCGUGGCUCACGGAGAAUAAGCUCACUGCUACAUCCAUCUCCUCUGCAGGCGACUGGCUUAGUGUCGACAUUCCCGUCGCCAAAGCUAACGAGUUAUUCAACACCACCUUCAGUCUUUUCAAGCACGCCGCGACGGGUGCGGAGACCGUUCGCACCUUGCAAUACUCUCUUCCAGGAUCUCUACAGGGACACGUUGAUCUAGUCCACCCAACUAUUUCAUUCCCGGUAUCCCUUGGACGAUCCGCGCCGGCUGCCCCCGAACGGAGACGAUCCGUUGCAUUUGCGUCUCCUAAACAUGCGUUGCGCGACGUAGACUCUGCGUGCGCCAACGGCACCGUUCCGGCGUGUGUGCAAGCACUAUACGACAUCCCGCUCACCCCUGCUGUCCACAAGGACCUCCAACUUGGAGUGACCGGUUUCUUCGGCAACAACGCGCACUACGCCUGGCUUGAGACUUUCCUGGAGACCUUUCGUCCCGAUAUGGACCCGGCGACCAACUUCAGUGUCGUCGGCAUCGAUGGCGGGUCGAACGACCAGAACGUACCCUCGGUCUCUGAAGGGCUCUACUCGUACAGGAGCUCGAUAUCCAAUGGAGACCUGGAUGGAUUCUUGGACGAGGCGAACGUUCUGCUGGCGCUUGAUCAGCCUCCGCAAGUUCUGUCGACAAGCUACGGCUUCGCGGAAAGCAACCUGCCCUUUUCUCUGGUCGACAAGCUCUGCCAAGCAUACGCGCAACUCGGUGCCCGCGGCACCACUCUCCUUUUCGACGCGGGGGACGGCGGAGCUGAUUGUGCGGCGGACGGUUCCGACCGGUUCGGGCCCACCUUCCCAUCCGACUGCCCUUAUGUGACCUCCGUCGGCGGCACGCAGAACUUCUCCCCCGAGGAGGCCUGGAUAGGCUCCAGCGGCGGUUUCUCGAACUACUACCCGCGUCCCGCAUACCAAGACGCCGCCGUGUCCGCGUACCUCGCCACGCACGGGCAGGAGAACGCGGCACGCUGGAACGCGAGCGGGCGUGGGUUCCCGGACGUCGCGGCCAAGGCAGACGACGUGAUCAUCUACGAGAACGAGGGGUACAAGGCGUUCACGGAUAUCACGACGGGGAACAGCACAGUCCAGUGCCCUGGCGACGUACCCUUGCACCAAAUUAACGCUACGGAGGGAUGGGACCCGGUCACGGGCUUUGGGUCACCUCGGUUCGACAAGUUGCUCGAGAUUUUGAACCUCUGA